AUGACCUUUGCUUUGUUGCCCAACAGUGGGUGAGCAGAGCUCCAUGCUACCCCUUCCCAGACAGCCAUACUCGCUUCUUGAAGAUCAGUGGGAAUCAAAUAAUUCCUCUUCUGCUGACACAACCAUCCUGCAGAUUAUGUCUGGAUGAGUGAGCUUUAGCAGUCUGGGGCAGGGAGGCUCUACCCCCCCGGCACCAUUCUCUCAAAGAGUGAGGAGAAGAGCUGGAGCAAGUUCCCACUCACAUACUGCCACAUCCCUCUGUCUUCAGUUCUCAGCCCUGCCUGGCAUGGAUCUUCUGUACAGCUGCAGGCUGGAUCUGAAGAGUAAAAUGCUGGAGAAGAUUCAGAAGAUGCUGACAAUCCGUAGCAGCUCCGUCAGGGAGCUGCUGGCAGAAGCACUGGGGAUGUACGUGCUGAUGGUCUUGGGCUUAUCCUCUGUGGCACAAGUGGUAUUAGGAAAAGGAGAAUUUGGGCAGUAUCUGAGCAUCAAUUUGGGAUUUGGCAUUGGAGUCACCAUGGGGAUCCAUGCAGCUGGAGGCAUCUCUGGAGCUCAUCUGAAUGCUGCCAUCACACUCACACAUUGCAUUUUUGGAAACCUCCCCUGGAGAAAGCUUCCAGCUUAUCUGCUUGGCCAGUUCCUGGGCUCCUUUUUGGGAGCAGCCACUGUCUUUGGACUCUACUAUGAAGCACUGUAUGACUACACCAAGGGGAAUUUUACGGUGACAGGACCAACUGGCACAGCAUCGAUCUUCUCCACUUACCCUUCUCCCUAUAUGUCCUUGUCCGGGAGCUUUUUCACAGAGUUUAUGGCGACGGUGAUGUUGUUCUUGGGCAUUUUGGUCAUCCAUGAUGAGAAAAAUAAUGGAGCCCUGAAAGGCACACAGGCUCUGCUCACAGGUAUCCUGGUUCUGGGCAUCGGCAUGGGGAUGGGGAUGAACACAGGCUACGCCAUAAACCCCUCCCGGGACCUGCCACCGAGAAUCUUCACAGCAAUUGCUGGCUGGGGAGUGGAUGUCUUCAGGGCUGGAAAUUACUGGUGGUGGGUGCCACUUGUAGCUCCAACACUGGGAAGUCUUGCUGGUGGUUUAAUCUACAAACUCUUAAUUGAUAUUCACAAUCAACCUGUCCUGGAGCGUGGAAAUGAGAAAGGACAGACAGUCAUUGAAAGUUCCACAUUGUGAUGGCCAUCCUGACAGCAAAUCCUGGGUGGGCACAUACCUUGACAGCUGAAGAGUAACCAAGUGGGUAAGGGCAUGUGCAAUGGCAUUGCUGAAGUGCAUGCUUUUCUCACCUUGCGGGUGAGUAAAUGAAAGAGUAGCUUAAAAUAAAUCUGUUCUGCUUAACCAGA